UGGCCAAGAGCAACAACAUCCAGCCAAAAAGACAGUGAGAGUGCUGACAGUGCUGAGAGUGCUGACGGUUAGGUAUCCCGCCCAUCUGCAUCCCAUCCUCCACCUAUCUUGCUGCGUGGUCCAUCCCACCUGUUCCUGGGGGGGGUCGCGUCUACUCCACCAUGAUCCUGUCCGCGUCCGGAAUUUCCAAUUCCAGUAACAGUUUACCCGAUCCCUCGGUCACGGAGGAUAGUUAUCGCAAAUGUCUCAAGAUGGGAGUGGCCAAUAUCCUGUCCGAGGUGGGCUUCGACUCGACCACGCCCUUAGCCCUGGAGACGCUGUGCGAGUUGUUCCAGAGCUUUCUGGGGGAAUUGGGUCGCUCCAGUCGAGCCUACACGGAAUUAGCUUGUCGAGCCCACCCCUUGCACGCCGAUGUCUUAUUGGCUCUCAUAGAAAUGGGCGUACCCACGGAGGGCUUGUCGGCCUAUGCCUUCCGACCAGGCCGCAAAUCCUUAGCUAAUCCUCAACCCGCCCCGCCCAUCAAACAGACCUCCAUAUUACACACGGGCGAUCGGCCCGCCUCGUCCCGCUCGAAAGCCCGACAAGCGGGCGGAGAUUUUCUGCCCGAGCUGCCAGACUCCCACGCCUUUGUGCGCACGCCCACUCACAAACAGCCCGUGACGGAUUACGUUGGGGUCCGGGAAAAGGCUGCCUCGCAAAAGCGGGAUGUGGAACGGGCUCUCACCCGUUUCAUCGCCAAAACGGGUCAAACGCAUUCUCUAUUCAGUACCAACGAUACCAAUCUCUUUCCACUCAUCUCACCUGAGCGUCUCAUGCCCGAUCAGCCCUUGCUCCCCGCCUAUAUCAACGCCCUCUUGUUCAAGGACCAGGUCUUUGAGGAGGAUGAGCGGGAAUUUCAGCCCAAGAAGAAGAAGGAAGACGAUCCCUUGGAUGAUUCGGAUGACGAUGAUCCCCCUCCUCCCGUGCCAACGACGGAGAAGAUGAAAAGUUCGGACCCCAUCGAUUCGGAUUCCGAUGAAGAAGUCAAAGUUGAGCCGCCGCCUUCGGCCGCCGUGGUGCCCGUCCAGGAAUCACCUGUCAAACGGAACCGUAGAGAACACGAUGGGGUGAUUGAGAACCCGUUCCUAAAACCCGUCCGAAUGCCUCGAACCACGGCCACGCCCGUGAAACGAGCUCUGUGACGAAUUUUUGAGGGACCAAUAAACUGAUUGAAUAUCCACGGUUGUAAUCCCAUGGCAAAUAAUUGACAUUCCCAAUUUCCAG